GACGCAUGCUUUGGAAGAUCUGGGCCAAUGAACAGCAACGAAGAUUUUUCUUUUGACCAGUAGUAUUUCGGUGUACUGGACUGUUUUUACAGGAAGUUGGUGAUGUGUAUUUUCUUAACAUUCAUGUGUUAGGAACUCUUACCAGCUACUUAAUUUAGUCUACUAAUGAUAGGGACCGAUCAUUUUUAACAUUUACAAGUUGUUGAAUGUUCUUUCACUUCUCGGAAAGAAUGCUGUAAUAUGCAGUCCCUCGACUAGACCAACUUGAAUAGAUGGGGGACGUGUCACUUGAGAAUGGAGGACACUUUCAUCGUUGAUGAUGAUGAUGGCUGCAUUUACAGUGUGGUGGCGUUACACCAGUGGCCGUCUCCUUGGUGGAUGGGGACCGUUGCUUUGCCUGCUUCUGGGCUCUUUGGUAGCGCUGCUGAUGCCCAUGGUUGGGGUGGAAGAUCAAUGCUGUGCCACUCUAAAGGGGAUUGCCCUGUUACGUUGCCAGCUGUGGGGUAAAACUCAGCGCCCCCCAGUCCAGUCCACCAGCCUGACUGUCCCCUUCACAUCCCUUGAUCUCCUGCCAUUUAAGGCAAAGCCCAGUAUAGAGACAGAGCUGGAGGCAAAGGCAGCCCUGCAACAAGCUGUUGAGAUGAAGAAGCAAGGCAAAAGAGAGAAGGCCUACAAACUGCUGGUGCAUGCACUCAACAUGAACCCAGACUUUGUGGAAGCUCUGACGGAGCUUGGUACCAUUCUAGAGGAAAAGGAUGUUGUCCAGGCAGACCACUUAUAUACCAAGGCCCUGACCAUCUCACCGUGUCACGAGAGGGCCCUUGUGAGCCGUGACCGCACUCUUCCCUUGGUGGAGGAGAUCGACCAACGCCAUUUUGGGGUGAUCGACAGCAAAGUACGCAGGCUGAUGUCUAUCCCCAAGGGUAACUCUGCCCUUAGACGAGUCAUGGAGGAGACGUACUACCACCACAUCUACCACACAGUGGCCAUCGAGGGCAACACACUCACUCUGUCUGAGAUCCGCCACAUUAUCGAGACUCGCUACGCCGUUCCCGGCAAGAGCCUGCAGGAGCAGAGCGAGGCCAUUGGUGUGGAUGCAGCCAUGAAGUACAUUAACACCACACUGCUGUCCCGCGCCGGGGCCAUCAGUGUCAACGACAUCCUGGAGAUCCACCGGCGUGUGCUGGGCUAUGUGGACCCAGUGGAGGGCGGGCGGCUGCGCACCAGCCAAGUGUUCGUAGGCCACCACAUCCCACCCCACCCCCAGGACCUGGAGCGCCACAUGCAGGAGCUGGUGCAGUGGCUCAACUCGGAGGACGCCCUGCAGCUGCACCCUGUGGAGUACGCAGCGCUCGCCCACUAUAAGCUGGUGUACGUGCACCCCUUUGUGGACGGGAACGGGCGCACGUCACGGCUGCUAAUGAACCUGGUGCUCAUGCAGGCUCGCUACCCGCCCAUCACCAUUCGCAAAGAGCAACGGUCAGAGUACUACACGGCCCUGGACACCGCCAACGAGGGCGACGUCCGCCCGUUCAUCCGCUUCAUCGCCAAAUGUACCGAGAUCACGCUGGACACCCUGCUGAUCGCCACCUCAGAGCACACCGUGGGGCUCCCCGGCGCCAGCCACCACCAGGCCUGCCCCGACUGCAAACAAACCAUCCCUGUCCACAGCAGUGAGAGAGGGAGGGAGUGAGAGGUGCAGGAGGGUACAUGACUGUGUUUUGAUUUGUAUUUCUCUAUAUGUGCUAAUUUGGGAUUAAUUCUGAAUUGUUAUACAUAUCUGUUGAUAUAAGUAUGAAGAAAUAGCAGUCCUGAUAUUAAAAAGAUAGUUUUUUUUUUUGUAAAUGAAAAAGGACUUUAAGGCCUGUAACUGCAUUUGCUUUCCUUCCAUCUUUUGUGUUUUAUUUUAUGAAUGAGUGAAUGCAUUACAAUAACAGGUGUUACAAAUGGGUAACAGUAUGUUUGUUUGAGAUUUGUGAUUCUGCUCUGAUUUAUGAGAACUUCAGAACAGCGCUUUGGCCAUGUGGGUAGAUCACUGUCUAGGUAUUGAUAAACUGUGGUGAUUACAGGUUAUUUUAUGUGAUUAGAGGUGCUAGGAUCUGUUGUUCAGACGAUAAAUCGUGUUGGUCCGUCUUGCAUCAAAUUGCAGUAGUUAUUCAUCUGGGUCAUACUGUCUGGUAUUUCACUGAAGCACUUUCAUGUAUGUAAUUGAGUUUAUUUAUUUUACUACAAAAUAAACUAUUUUAUUACCUGUU